AUGGCAUCUAGUGUUGUCUGUCAAUAUCCGACCAAAGCACAACUUCAGGUUCAGAAUUUUGAUGAUGAAAACGUUGUAACACCAGAAGCUAAUAAUGGAAAGAAGGAGUGUAAUGUAGCACCUAAAGACACAUCUCCUACGCUUCCUGGGUGGUAUGCUGACGUAUCUUGGCCAGGAGAAGCACACAUAUAUAAAAUGGAGAAAAUCAUAUUCCAAGGGAAAUCAGAAUUCCAAGAGCUUCUUGUAUUUGAGUCAUCCAGGCAUGGCAAGGUUGCAAUUCUGGAUGGGUAUAUCCAGCUGACAGAGAACGAUGAAUUUGCUUACCAAGAGAUGCUCACUCACCUUGCACUCUGUUCCGUUCCAAAUCCAAAGAAGGUACUGCUAGUUGGAGGGGGAGAUGGUGGAAUUCUUAGGGAAAUAUCACGUCAUUCAUCUGUUGAACACAUUGAUAUAUGUGAAAUAGACAAAAUGGUGAUUGAUGUUUAUAAGAAGUUUUUCCCAGAUAUAGCCGUUGGUUACGAGGAUCCUCGAGUGCAUGUUCACAUCAGAGAUGGAAUUGCGUUCAUCAAUUCUGUUCCUGAGGGCACGUACGAUGUCAUUAUAUUGGAUGCUUUCCAACCAAUGGGACCUAUUGCGGAAGUUCUUGCUGAUAACUGCUUCUUAGAUUCAGUAGCAAAGGCUCUUCGACCUGGUGGAGUGUUGUCUGCUCCAGCAGACAGCUUGUGGCAUAAGAACUUUGUAGUUGCAGAGACAAUAGCAAAAUGCAAGAAUAUAUUCAAAGGCUCCGUUAAUUAUGCUUGGACCACAGUUCCUACAUAUGCAAGUGGGGUGAUUGGGUUCAUGCUUUGCUCCACAGAGGGUCCCCCAGUCAACUUCAAACACCCAAUAAAUCCAUUGAACACGGAGCAAAAUGGGGUCGCAAAGGGACCUCCUAAGUUCUAUAACUCAGAGAUCCAUUCUGCUGCAUUCUGUCUUCCUUCUUUUGUGGACAAGGAUGUUGAUCCAAAAAGAUGUUGAUAAAAAUCUCACAAGUAAUAAUAAGGAAUUGUUAUUAAUCCUUUCUACCCCAUAAAGGUUAUAAAAAUGAGAAGUUGAUUCCAAUCAGUAGACAUACAAUUGAUGAAUAAUGCAACUCAUGCACUUACUUCAACUUAGAUAUUUAUGAUUCUAGCGACAAGUUGUGCAGAGUCCCACGCUACCAAAUAUCACAUAGUUUGAUCCUUGAACACAACUCUAUAGCCUCCACCAUCAGUGUCACAGGCUUCUCUAGAAGUCCAUCACUGGUCGUAGUGUCCGGUCAUGAAAACACUAAAAAGACAACUGAAUUCAAAACUCAAAUGUAAAACAAAGAAUCUAUCCAUCAAUUGUAAUAAUCCUCUACAUUCAUCCAACAAAGUCGCACAAUGACAUUUGUUAAUGGGGGA